ACUCAUCUCACAUACACAAUGCAGACUUCUUUCUAAUUCUCUUUUUCCUACAUCAUCCAUCAUCUGAUUGUCAAUCAUCUUUUCCAUCAUCUUGGUUAUCUCUUCAACUCCACAUUGACUCCAUCGGGUCAUAUUUCAAGCUCUCUUUCUUAUUAUACUUCUCUCCUGAAAUCUUUAAUAAGCCUUCCUUUCCCCCUUUCUGAGUCUCUUCUCCUUGUCUCACAUCGAGUUUGUACUCAGUCUUUUUUCGGGCUGUUUGCCUCCACACCUUCAGUUCUCUUCUUCGUUCUUUCUCCCCCUCUUUAUCACUUCCUAUCCCCUUCCAUUCCAUCCUUUCCCCUGAGAAAGAGACGACUCCUGUAGGCAGUCCUCCUUCAUCGGCCUUUUUUUUGUUUUUGUUUUUCACAUAGACAAAGUAUUAUGGCUUCACAACGCAACCGCACAGGAGUGCAGCCCACUGGCAACUCUUCCUCUAAUUAUGACCAGACCCAAGCCAAUACCCUUGCCAACAGACGAAACUCUGCUGACCAUCAAGCCCAUAUUGCCAAACAGCGUCCUGUUACCACUUACUCUUCUCUUAUUCCUCCACCUUCUCCAACUUACUUUCGUCUUCAGGAAAUGGGUGGUAAGCCUCCUUUCAGCAGCCUCAACGACGACAGCGACCUAGGCAGACCCGCUCCAGGUCUUCCAAGAGGUGAACUAGACCAUCUCCGACCCCUCCCUCCGAGCAACGAUAACAAGUUUGCAGAAAAAGAAUUCUCAUGGCAUCAAAAGAUUAGCAUCUGGAUGAUCAAUGAAGGAAAUCGUGUCAUCUUUUUCGGUGUUUGGAUCUUGGUACACAUUGGAUUGUUCGGCCUCGCCUUCUUCAACUAUUUUUACUCGGACAACUUUGAAAAAGCUCGUGCAAUUGUUGGCAUUACUCUUCCUAUUGCCCGUGGCGCAGCCUUGGUUCUUCAUGUUGACUCGGGUGUUAUUCUGCUCCCAGUCUGCAGGACCCUUAUCUCCUGGCUUCGAUCCACACCUCUCAACAGAAUCGUGCCCUUCGACAAGGCCGUUACUUUCCACAAGGCCAUCGCUUGGAGUAUCGUCAUCUUCAGUCUCGUCCACACCAUUGCUCAUUAUGUCAACUACUACAAGCUUUCUCAAGCGGAUCCUUCAAAGUAUAACUUUUGGCAUCUCAUGUUUGUAUCUGGACCAGGACUCACUGGUCAUAUCAUGCUCAUUGUCUUGCUCGUCAUCGUCGUCACGGCCCUGCCUAGUGUCCGCAUGAAGAAAUUCGAGGUCUUUUGGUACUGGCACCAUCUCUUCCUCGUCUUUUUCUUCUUCUUCUCCUUCCACGGUGCAUUCUGUCUCCUCACCCCAGACCGCCCACCCUACUGCAAGGAUAUCUCGAGCUUCUGGAAGUACUGGGUUGCCAGUGGAUUCGUCUAUUUACUCGAACGUAUUGCACGCGAGUAUCGAGCUCAGCAAAAGACCGUCAUUUCUCGUGUCAUCCUCCAUCCCUCCAAGGUCGUAGAGAUCCAAAUCAAAAAAGAGGACUGUCAUGCUCUGGCUGGCCAAUAUAUCUUUUUGUGCUGUCCCGAAGUUUCAUUAUGGCAAUGGCAUCCUUUCACACUCACCAGCGCGCCCGAAGAGGAUUAUAUUAGUGUACAUAUGCGUGUGGUCGGAGACUUUACAAAGGAGCUGAGCAAGAAACUUGGAUGUGAUGCUGAGGGUGUUGGCGAGUGGGAGGAGAAUCUGGGUGACCGUAAUGGAUUGGUGACAGUCUUGCCAAGGAUUAUGAUUGAUGGACCCUUCGGAGCAGCUUCAGAAGAUGUGUUCAAAUAUGAGGUGACUGUGCUUGUGGGCGCAGGUAUUGGUGUCACGCCUUUUGCCAGUGUCCUCAAGAGUAUCUGGUACAGAGUUAACUAUCCGACCAAACCGACAAAGCUGCAUAAAGUCUACUUUUUCUGGAUUUGUCGUGACAAGGAGUCGUUCGAAUGGUUCCAGUCAUUGCUGUUGGCGCUCGAGUCCCAGGAUUUGAACCAGUUCAUUGAAAUUCACACGUUCUUGACCGGUCGUCUGCGCCACUCUGAAGUCGGUAAUUUGAUGAUCAACGAGGAUAGUGCAUUCGCAGAUACAGUGACAGGACUGAGAGCAAGGACGCGAUUUGGACGCCCCAACCUCGACAUGGAAUUCGAUCGCAUCCGCAAUAGCCAUCCAGACACAGAUAUUGGUGUCUUUUUCUGCGGACCCAAGAGGAUGGGUAAACAGUUGCAUGCCUGCUGUACUAAAUUCAGCGGUUCAGGAACAUCCUUUUUCUGGCACAAAGAGAACUUUUAAGGACUCCUUUUUUUCUUUUUUUGGUCCAAGAGGCAGUGAAAUGAGAGAGCAACGGAUUUCUUCUUUCGGUCGCUGGAACAAGAAAAUAUCAUAUCACGCAUUACUGUAUUUUG